CCUGCCUCUGCUGCCUGCUUCGCCUCUCUCUACUACGUCGCCCGCGAUCAUUCCGUACGUAAACCAUUACCGAGAGCACACACGCCUCUCGAGAGCUCGCUCGCUCGCUCGCGCGUUCGCUCACUUUUCGCCGCAGCCUAGCUAGAGCCUGUCUCUCUCUUACUCGCUACUCGCGAUAUUGUGUGUAUCCAUUAAUACACAUCGUCAUACGUAUAUACGACAUAUACCUCUACUACUACGACUACGUUUUACUAUAAACGCAUCCGCGUAUACGUACUUACGCGCGCACAUACGACGACAGUCUGUGAAAAACUCGCGCGCAUUUAACACGCGAUAUCUCGCGCGCUCGAGUAUUACUGCUUAGCCUACACACCGCUACUUGCCACUGCCACUAUUAUCGCUGCUACUGCUAUUUCUACUAAUUCUGACACUGCUGCCGUUGUUGUUGACAGUACUUGCUACUUCUGCUGCUGCUGCUGCUCGUACUACUUAAUAACGACCUUUUAUUGAAUUCGUUUCUUCCGACCUUCGACGAUUAUUACCAACGAUUAAUGCAGCAAUUAUUAAUCUUCUGAUCUCGCAUUCGUUGACUCUCUGACUACCAGCCGAGCGAGCUUCCUCGUUAUUGUUAUUGUCGCUCUCAGUCCUGCUCGCUCUCGCUUUUCACCUAAUCUCUCUGACAACAGACUUGUGACAGCGAGUGUGGUCUCGACGUUCUUGGAAACGGUAGCGCCUCGCAGUUUGACAUUUGCAUUGGGAGGUGAUUUCUUCGGUAUUGCCGAGAGUGACCGUAGCAGAAGUAACGUGAUCCGGUGAUAAUCUGUGGCAUCGAAAUACAGUGUGACUUCAUUAAAGAAUUAAUUGGAAAAAGUCAAGGCGGCUCAUUGCUACAAGAUGUUGAGCAAGAAGUGUAUCCUCGCAAUAGUAGGUGGCAUACAUUAGCGCGAUUGAAAUACCGAAGGGACAGCGCAACAAUUAGUUUGCAGUGUUUACAUAGCUACUAGCGCCGAUGCCGCUACUAGUCUGCCGCACAAAGCUGCAGUCGUCUCGUCAGUGCAUGUCCGAGUAAUCGCGGGUGCCAAGUGUUCUUUGAGAAAUUACCCGCAUCAAUUUUUGUGUAAGUGUGCAAAACUUGGUAAACGUCGGACGAAUUAUAAACAGGUCGGGUGACUCGUAACAUCGGCCAGUAAACAAAAGAUAAGAAACAGCCACGAGAAUAGAAAUUUGUUGUUAGUGACGGAAAAAAUAGUGCGCGAUUCGGAAGUGCGUAUAAACGCGUAUAGUCGCGCGUAGUGGUGAGCAGUUGGGUUGAUAAUUUUUCGUCCAUUGACAGUCGUUACUAAAAACCGCCAAAAUAGCCGGCCUGACGAUGAACUCGUACUUCGAGCAGAGUAGUGGCUUCUACGGGAGCCAUCAUCACCAGAGCAGUGCCGCGGCCGCGGCUCAGCACCACGACCCGGCGGCGGCCGCGGCCUAUCGCAGCUUCCCGCUGGGUCUGGGCAUGUCGCCGUACGCCUCGUCGCAGCACCAUCACCACAGCUCGGCGGCCGCGUCGAGCCUCGGGAUCGGCCACCCGGGCAGCGGGACGAACACGCGACCGCCCCAGGACUCGCCGUACGACGCCAGUGUGGCCACGGCCUGCAAGCUCUACUCGUCGACGCCCGAGGCCACGGCCCACAACACCACCAGCUCAUACACCAGCACGGCCAGCAAGGACUGCAAGCAGCAGGAGCAGGCCGUGGCCGCGGCGGCGGCGGCCCACCAGAACGGCUACGCGGCGGUCAUGGCCGCGGCGGCCGUCAAGGAUGUCUGGCAGAGCGCCUCGGCCGUGGCCGCGAGUUCACAGAGUUCGGCCAAUAACUCGGUCGUGCGUCCGUCGGCCUGCACGCCCGAAGGCUCGCGCGUUGGCAGCUAUUCCGGCCUCGUAAGCGGCGACGCGGCCUCAAGUCCCGGUAACAACGGCUCGAGUCGCUCCCUCACGUCGUCCUGGAACACAUGCGGUCUUAACAGUUCAGCGGCUAGUCAGCCCGUGGCGACGCAACUGCAUCAACAGUCAAGCGCCAACCACACCUUCUAUCCCUGGAUGGCCAUAGCAGGUAAGGAAGAUAUGGCUAAGCCGCAUUGGACCUGGUUGCAAGGAGCGAACGGACUUCGCAGAAGAGGUCGACAGACGUAUACCCGUUAUCAGACGCUCGAGCUGGAGAAGGAAUUUCACACGAAUCAUUACCUAACAAGGCGGAGGCGAAUCGAAAUGGCGCACUCCCUGUGCCUGACAGAGCGACAGAUAAAAAUCUGGUUUCAAAAUCGACGGAUGAAGUUAAAGAAGGAAAUACAGGCAAUUAAAGAGCUGAACGAGCAGGAGAAGCAGGCACAAGCGCAAAAAGCCGCAGCCGCGGCGGCGGCUGCAGUGGCGCAUCAAGGCCAGGGGGGACCCGACGGGCCCAACUAGGGGUACGCCCUGCACUCGCGGAGCCCCCCCGAGCCUCAUCACACGGCCAAUCCGCAUCACUCUCUGCUCGCUGCCCAGUGUACGCAGCUGUAUUAAGGUGAGUAGCGGUAGGCAUCAGCUGUUCUCUAAUGCCAAAUAGGUAUGGAUGUGCGUGGCGCAGACACACACUAACCGUCAAUAAUAGUGUGUCAACUUAUCGGUUGCGGCGAACGAAUUUAUGCUGCACCCGGUGAGUGACGAAGUAACCUCGAAGAAACCCCCGUAGCUCGCAAAGCAAACACUUGGCCAAUAGCUUAGUAUUUUUUGAAAGAAAAAAAAACCAAUUGUCCAACAUCACAAUCGUCAAACCAAUAGUAUUACCGUUUUACGUGCCAAUUCGGCAUUUAUCUGAUUUAUUAUUUAUUUCACCGCUUGCGAAUGCAUAAAAUGCAGCAACUAUUUUAUUAUUAGAUUUAUUUUGUUGUUUUGGUUUGUAAAUCACGAUUAAGUUUAUUUUUUACGUAGUUUUGGCAACUGCAAAUUUCACUUUUUAGCGUUUCCAAAACCUACCAAUCGUAUUUAUAGAUAAAUCUAAUAUUAAUUUCGUUGGAGAAUUGCGAAGCGAUGAAGCUAAUAUUUUGGGUGAAACGGAAUCCAUUGUUGUGAAUGAUUUUGUAUUGCGAAAUACGGGCAUUGUUCAAGUAAAUAAUACAUCGAGAUACUCGUGGAACUUGCGGUAUAAUUAAGGCUGAUGUAAUAUUAAUCAAUUAAAAAACUAUAAAUUGUGAAACCUAAAAUACGUAAAUAGUGCUGAAAUAA